AACUUUUUCAUUCACGAGUGAACGGCCGAGAGGGGACGACGCCGCGCGCUCCGUCCCGUGCGGCAUUGUAAAACGUCGCGAGUACAUAAAGUUUGUUUGUCAACAAAUAAUGUUAACCGCAGCAAAAGCUCUUAAGUGAACGGUGAUGUCAAUAAAGCUGGAGGAGACGUUUUGGUGUUCUUUUUUUUAUUAUUGCUUUUGUUAUGUUCUUGUUCACGGAGUUGUAACGGUGUGGCAUGGACUCGACGAUGGACGGAGCGAACGCUGACUCGGAUCAUUCUAUGACUUGGGAGGACUUUUUCGGUAGCACAACAGACCUCACACCGACGCUGAUUGGCAUAUACGAUUCGCUCCUAGAGCCAGCAAAGAGUCUUCGGCCGAAACUGUUGCUGGAAACGGCAAAAGAUGCCAGAAAUGACCCGCCGGUGACUGGUGAGAUGACGAAAGAAACAAGAGACGACGAAAUAUACCGAGAUGUGUCUACGUGCCCACCGAAAGACCCCACGGAGAUAGCGAGAAGUGUAAAAUUACCCAUAGCGACGGUUAACAAAAGUUCUCUUUACUCAUUACGAACUAAAAGUGAUAAAAACGGUGCUAGUGACGAAAUAGAUAAGUGCGAACUCACGUCCAGUGGUACGGUUAUCGCUAAGGACAGUAAAAUGCAAAGGACAUUUAGAGAAUCAAAAGUCGCCGACUCCGCAUUCGACAAUCUGUCGCCCAACGUGAAGCGGAUGAUAUCGAGUGCUACGGAAACGACAACGUUGAAAAUCCAAAAGAAAAGCAUAACCAUCGGUAGAUCAACGGCAAGGCAUAAAUCGAAUAUUCCUCUAGUUGGCGCCACAUCCAAAAUAUCCCAAUCCGGUGUUGAAAUAUUACAGUCUGUUGAGAUUUACGAUCAACCUUGCAUGAAAAAUUUAAGUAAACAUAGAACCGAAGAGCAUUCUCCAUCGAAAACGGUUCAAGUCAAACCGGACUUUAAGAUAGACGACACACAAACCACUUAUGAUGUCCCUUCUAAUAAUAGACCGGCUAUAUACGACGUACCCGCUGCACUUAAUAAGACAGCGUUCGAAUCCCUCUCCUUACCUUAUAUCGAUCAAUCCAUCGAACUCUCUAUAACUUCUAACGAUAGAGAAUUCGAUAUUAAAUUGUCGUCUAAAGAAACCUCGCCUCUUAAACCUGAAGCUAAGUCUCCUUCUCCGGAUGGAACUCCAGCAAAAAUAUCGAAAAAGAUGAACGGCACGAACAGCUUGCACAGGAAAGAUUUCAAAAACGAGAGUCCAUCAAAACAGCUGUUAAAGACUGGACCUUAUCCACAUGCGAUAGGGUCUACAGGUAAUUUGAAAACUUUAGCGAUACCGGAAAAAGAGAUGAUAAGGUUGAACCCACCGGCGGUGGAAGUGUCGCGACCGCUGUCAAUGAGUUCCAUUGCUUCUUCGUCGUCUACGUCGAGUAGCGGUGUUCAAAAUAAAGGGGGAGUGAAUUCUGCAUACUUGGCUUCCAUCGAGAGUUUGGAUGACCACAGCGACGCGGACAUGACGUCAGCUAAUGGCAGUAACAAUUUCGUUAAUAACGCUGGCAUUGUAAACAAAAGCGAAUCAGUGGAAAGACACUCCGAGGAUACAGCACAUACGCAAGUCAUAGACGAGAUGUCGGGCCUGUCGCAAUUGGAGAGGGUUUGUUCUGAGAUAGUUCAGACAGAGAACGUAUACGUGGAGGAUCUGCGGCAGGUGGUCGAGGGAUACCUCCACAUCUGGCGGAAACAGACUACUUUCUCAGACGAGGAGCUGUCUGAACUUUUCAAUAACAUAGAAGACAUUUACGCUUUCAACAGAUCACUAUGCGAGGAGUUGAAUACUUGUCGUUUAGACGCUACUUGCAUCGCUCGGUGUUUCGUUAACAACACUACCGGUUUCUCCGUGUACACUUCAUACUGUACCGGCUAUCCUCGGACUAUGGAGCGAUUGGCUGCUCUGGCAUCCAAGCCGCAGAGCGCCAGGGAGUUCAGAGAGAGGCAGCUGGCGUUAGGACACCCGUUACCAUUGGCAUCGUAUUUACUGAAACCUGUACAGAGGAUUCUGAAGUACCAUUUGUUGCUUCAGAAUGUAGUUAAGCAAUGCGCUUCCAGCGAUACGGAGUAUGCACUACUCAAGAUGACUGGCAUCGCUCAACACAUCGACGACAUGAAGAGAAGGCACGAGCAUGCGGUCAGAGUACAGGAGAUCCAGUCUCUUUUAUACGGAUGGAAUGGCCCCGAUUUGACAACUUAUGGAGAGUUAUGCGCCGAAGGAACUUUCAGAGUGCUCGGCGCGAAAGGCAUGCGACACGUGUUUCUCUUCGACAAGAUGUUGCUCGUCACCAAAAAUAGAGAAGAUGGCAUACUGGCGUACAAAUCCCAUAUUAUGUGCAACAACAUGAUGCUAGUGGAGUCCAUAGCGGGUGCGCCGCUCUCCUUUCACGUGAUCCCGUGGGACGCGCCGCGCGCCCAGGCCACGCUGCAGGCGCGCUCUCCACGACACAAGCGAGAAUGGACCUUAUUGCUGAAGCGGGUAAUAUUAGAAAACUACAAUGCAGUUAUUCCGUCUCACGCCCGUCAACUUGUCAUGGAAUUAGGUCAAAAUAAAACUGAUGAUGACAUGCUCGCCGAGAAAUCCCAUAACCUGAUAACUCAAGCUUCCAUGAGGAAGCAAUUAUCAGCUCCAGAAUACCUCGAGAAAAGGAAGAUGGAUAGGGAAAGGAGAAAAUCCUUUGAGAACGGGAUAAGAGGCCGUCUAAAAAAGGUUAAUAGAAAAUACACAGUCCCCGUUUCCAGACCCGAAUCGAGUCAAGAAUGUGACUGUUUACAAGUUUCACUCGAAAAAGGCAUCGACUACACUUGUGACAAUUGUUAUGUUGAUCUGUGUUCUGAUUGUGAAAUUGAAUUAACCAAAUCCAAAGAGAGAGCCACAAAAUGUGGCUGCAGACACGAAGAAGGUGAAAUAGUCGGGGAGAAAUGUCCCGAAUGCGACAGGUCGUUACAUUUCAUAGAUUCAGGAAGCGCUGAACGGUUAGAAAGGAAGCAAUCCGAUUGCAAGUGUUCAGACUUUAAAUCAUCACAAGAAAGCUUCAAUAAGGAAUUCUCUGGAUCCCUCAACAAAACUAGAGGAUAUCAUUCAUCUGACAAUAUCAUUGGUUAUACAGAAAACAGUAAAAGCAGAGAAGAUUUAAGCGACACUAACAAUUCUUUGAUCAACGUUAGGAAUCUUCCAAAAACAUGCCUAAAAUGUGAAAAAAUCAAAGAAAAUAUAGCUGUCACUGAAACUUCUAGUACUUUGCAUGUUACGAGAAAAUCCAGAUGUGCUGACAGUGAUAACUACAAGACGGACACAUUGCGUUCAAAAUCGAAAGACGAUCCACAAAGAUCAAAAUUAUCCAAAAUAGGAACAUGGCGACGCAAAUCGGAGCCUGGAUUACAGCAAAACAACGUGAUUUUGAAAAAAUCUCUGGACAGUGAUAGUGAGAAAAAUGAACCACGAGGUUGCGAAAAAAUAGAAUUUAAAUGCAGAAACUGUGGGUCAAACAAAAUAACACGAAAAUUAAAGUCUGUUGACAGUACUAUUAUUUCCGACCUCGAACUAGAAAACAAGAAAAGGGGAGGUUCUACAAAGUUAGGUAUAGAAGUCCGAAUGUAUAACACUAAGAACAUACCAAAGAAAAUUUCUAGGUUAAAGAAAAAUAGAGCAAAAGGCUUACGUCUUGGUUCAGAUACCACAGCGAAAUUCUAUGCUGAUUUCUCAACUGAUGUGUCAACUGAAAAUAUUCUUCACAUAUCAGAAUCUAACGACAGUUUAAAUACAGACAAAUCGAAAGAAGUUUCAGAAGUUUUGGUACAGACACAAUUAUGUAAAGAUGACGAUAUUGAUGAAGAAACUUACAAAAAAUUAAUUGAAAAAACUGACUCCUUCAAAAAGAACGAAUUAGAAAAAGUGAAAUAUUUAAAUCAACAGAAAGUAAUUACGGAAUUAUCAGAAGUUGAAGAUAAACCAAAUGAAAAUGAUGGAGUUCGUGAAGAAAUUCAUGAAAGUGGUGAAGAAAUAGAACAACCAUUGGAACAAAUAAUAUCACAAUUGUUAAUGCAAAAUAGGGAGUUCCAAAAACUUCUGAAAAAACAACAACAAAGAAACAGUGCACAACGAAGACAUCAGCGUUUACUAAAAUCUCAUUCGAAUCCUGAACAUGUAAUACUCGCACGUAACGCUGAAUCGCUAAAAUUGAAACCUAAAUACGGCAGACAAACAUCUGAAAAUUUAGAGUUAAAUAAACCUGAUGAUCAAGAACUAAUUUCAUUUGCUUCAAAGUUAGAAGUGGAAGUUUUGUCCGAUGACGAUCAUAUAUAUGAAACUUUAAGAGUAAUAAACAAAAACGAAGAAAAUUUACAAUCACCGAAAACUAAAAAUAAACCAGUUCCAAGUCAUUUACAGACGAAAACUAAACGUUCAUCUUCAUCACCCAACCCUGGUCCAUAUAUUCCAGAUAUUAAAAUGACUAAUCCAGAAUCUGAUUAUGUAUACUUGUCCUUUGAUAAGCUAAAUACUCAAGAUGCUGAUGGAAUAUACGACAUCCCUAUUAAGUCCCCAGAGAAAGUUGAAAAGGCAAUAAAAACUGAUGAUUAUGUAACAAUGGAACAACAGGGUCCACCUAAUGUGUAUGAAAAUCUGUAUGAUAGUUUGGUUGAGGUGUUUAGACGAAAGAAGGAUAUAUCCAAUACUGUAGCAAAUGACUAUUUACCUAUGAGUGCAGAUCAACAAAGCCCUAAUACGCCAGAAAUUUGGUUGAGCAGGCAAAAAGAACAUUUUAAUGUAUCAAGGGACAGGAAAUCUGGCUCACUCCCUAGAAGUUUUCAGGUGGUAACAACAACUCAAGAAGAAAGUAAUUUAAAUACUUUUAAAUGUAAGCCCAAUAGUAAUAGUAAAACCUACUUGAACAGAGAUGGAAAGGUUAUGAGUACUGAUCGUCCAUUUACUAUUGCUUCAGAUAAAAGUGAAAUCAGUUACGAUGAUGUUGAAAAUUAUAUGAGCGAUGGUGAUAUUCUCAAAUUCAACAAAAGUUCAAAGACCAAUGAUAGUGAAUAUCAUCAGAAUAUUAGUCAAUCAACUUUAGAAUUAGAAGAAGAAAUCGACCGAUGCUAUAAAAGAAGUUUUGCAGAAAUCGACUUAAAUAAAAAUAAAGAUGAAGAUCUAUUGACAGUGUCUCAACCAAAUUUAAAUACUUCCACUACUUCAUCUUGUGAAGUGUUACCAGUAGAGCAUGCUGAAAAUACACAACAUGAAAAAGAAGUGAUACAUCCUGAACAUAAAAUAUAUAAGCCAACUAGUAACUUACUUUCACUUAGAAAUGUAUUGAGUCGUUUCAAGAACAAAACUCCAAAUAAAACUAGUGAUGACAGCGAAAUAAAUGCAAAUGAACAAAGUAGUCCUGACAGUGUAAGGUCGGACUUAAAAAGUCCGUCAAGUGAAAAACGGUCGGCAUUAAAUCCAAGAAGUUAUUCCAAAAACUUACUUCAAAGAUUCAAAAGUAUCAUAGGUGAUGAGCACGCUGAUGAUAAUCAUAAUAAAACAGUGAUUAGAAAAGAAAUAACAACAGAAGAUGUACAAAAUAAUUUAUUGAAAAAUGACAUUCAAGUUUGUAUAACUUCUACCGAUGUAAGUGCAACUACCUCAGUUACAAACUCAAUAAAAAACGAUGCUAUAAGUAAGAGCGCGUAUGAGCACACUACACUUACUGAAAGUCAAAAUGAAAAAAAUAACUCGGAUAAACUUUCUCAUAGUUGUGAUGACAUUUCACCGAAACAUGAUCACAUCAAACCUUCAUAUGAAAAAAAAUUUAGUAUGGUUACAAACAUAUCAAGCUCGAUUAGCAGCACUUCAUCACCUUCUAAAUCUAAUAAUAGUGCUUAUCAGAAUUCAAAUAAAUUACCUAUCUACAUGCAAGGUAGUAAGCACUUGGGUGCCAGAAUAGCACAAUCAGAUUAUGUUGAUCCUUUGACACUAGUUUGUGAAAAGUCUGCAUUUAAAAAUGUCAAUGUAUUGAUAAAUAAAAAUGCUGUAAGACCUGAUAGUUUAUUUUCUAACUCUUCUUUUGUAACUUCAUCAAGCGAAGGUACAUAUCAUGAUAAUCAAAAGACAAAUACAACAUCAAUGGCUAAAGAAAGCGAUAAUUUGAUUGAAUCUCCCACAAACACCAUAUCUGAUGAAAACUUCUAUGAGAAAACAUUUGAAAAGAUUGAGCAUAUGACCGAUGAAGAUGUAUUUAGAGAUUCAGCAGUUUACUCUGACCAAGAGGAUACAGAAGAAAUAAAGUCAGAAACUUCGACUAAAGUUAAUAAAAUUAUAACCCGGGUAGAAAGUAUUAAAAGAGAAGCUUCAUUCAGAGCUAAAAGGACUACAGUGACUUCAAACGUUAGUGAAAGAACGAGCGUGAACAACAGACUACCAGUCGCCAUAAAUAAAGCGAAACCUACUGAAAAUAUUCAAAAGAAGGAUGGAGAUAACUUAAAAUCCAAGAUAGCACCUCCGGUUCCGGCUAAGCCUAAAAUUUCUAAUAUUCCUGCAUUUUCUAGCGUUCACUUAAAACCGGCUGGCUUUAAUAAAGUUAAUAUUAUCAAGAGCCAAGGACGAUCUUCAUCUUCUGAGUCUGUUAAUACAAAAUGUAUUAGGCGUAGUAUAAACUUAAAACAAUCAGUUGUAAGAUCGGAAUCAACACCAAACGAAGAACAAAAUAACUGCGGUGAAGAUGUCGUCGAUAUAACUAAGCCGAAUGACAUGAAAACUGUCCAAGAAGAUAUGAAUACAUUGAAACCACAUGGAAAUAUUCAAAUGAAAAGAUUAAGCUACGAAAGAGCUAGUCUUGACUCAGCUACUCGCAAAAUUAGAACUAAUGAGAUAAAAAGAGCGAAUGAAGCCCCAAAAAUAGCAAGCAAAUCCGUCUUAGAAAGGCGAAUGGAAAUAGAAUUACUCUCUAAGAGUCAAACGGCAAAACCUGGUCAAAGUAUUAAAAAACCUUUACAGAGGCCUAAGCCUAUAUCUACUAAAGUAGAAAAUUUUCAAAGGAGUCUAAGUGACAGUCCAACUAAAGACACAAAUGUUGCAAUUUCAUUAAAACCCACAGUUAUAGAUAACAUUCCUCUUAAGAAAAAUACAGAAGAAGUAUCCACAUCUGAACCUAAAGAUUUGGAUCCUAAAGGCAGCUGGGUCAAACAAGUUGUGAACAAAUUCCAAUGAGCUUUCCUGAGUGAUAACUGUAUGCAUUUAAAAUGUUGAAAUUCCGUCUGUUUUUGUACUCCACUUUUUGAAUUCCCUCAAUGUAAUGUUGACUUAGACUAAUAUCAUUUUAAAAAUAUCAAUUAAUGUUAACAUUGUAAAUAUUUUUCAAUCAAACCUCUUUGAGCUUUGAUAUCUUGUGCCAUAUACAAGAUGAAUUAUAUUAUAUUUGGCAAGUUUCAGUGCGCACAAAAUGAAGCAUUCACACACACCUACACAAAUGUAGAAGUUAACGAAUAAAAUGCUUUAUUUUGCUAUGUAUUUUUUCGAAAGUGCCAUUAAAAAUAUCUCAUUAGUUAUAUUUACACCCUUGAUAAUAAAAAUUGUACUUAGUAGAAAUUAUGUUAUAAUAAUAUAAAUAAAUAAAUGACACACAUUGAUAUGAUCUAUGGCGAUCUGUGCAAGAGCAGAACUAAUCAUAUUUCUUAGAAUUCUAUCCAUUAUAUUUUUUUAUAUUAGUUUUCUACAACUUUAUUAUUUUUAUUAUGAAGGUUUGAAAAUUAUGAUUUCGUGCAAUUGUUCGAUUUACUUAAAGCGAUAUUUAUUUUUAGAUUAAGUUUUUUUUUGUUACGUAGGUGAUGUCUACUAACACCAAAAAGUAGGAAGUUCUAGUAUUAUUUUUAUACUAAUACAAUGCCGUAUGUUGCUGUUUCAUCGUUGAAUGUUUUAAAUAGAAUAUUUGUUGUAAACUGCGAAGAUGAUUUAUUAUACAUAGAUAGUCCAGUUGCAGAAAUACGUGACGAAAUAAGUUUUCUUUUAACUUUUAAUUAAGCGCAUACUUACUUAAUUUGUGGAGACUGUUAGUUGAAUAAGUUAAUAAUACACUUAACACAUCUAACCCCUACCCGAAAGAAAGUCACGUUCGGUUCUGUCCAGUUUUUAACCGACUUAAAAAAAAAGGCAUUAUUAGUUAAAGACAAGAUUGCCGAUCACAUUGUCAGAAUCAAUGACAAAAGAGUAUUAGUGAAGUGCAUUCUACUAACAAUCUUGUAGUCGAAGUGAGUAAUUUAAUCACACUGUAAUUGAUUUCAUACGUUUAAUAUUUUUACUUAAAUAAUUUCUUAUAAAUGUGUUAAUUUUCUACAUUGAGUACGCGCACCAGAUUUUUAGG